GUAGCCUGCUGUAGCUGUAUUAACCUGCACAUGGGGCAUUUGAGAAAGCAGCACCAAGCAACCUUUUUUUUGUCAUUGGAAACAACGCAGCUGGCAACUUCUUCAACUUUGUGUUGCAGCCUUUUAGGCUGACCAGAACUUGCAUAACUGUCACUAUUACAUUAUAAUUCAGCAAUAAGGACAGAGGGGGUGUGGUAUAUGGCUGUUCUUAUUAUUUGUGACGCAACGCAGAGUGCCUGCAUACAGCCCUUCACCGUGGUAUAUUGGUCAUAUAUCACAAACCCCCGAGGUGCCUUAUUGCUAUUAUAAACAAGUUGCCAACGUAAUUAGAUCAGUAAAAAUACAUGUUUUGUCAUUCCCAUGGUAUAUGUCUUAUACACCACUGCUGUCAGCCAAUCAGCGUUCAGGGCUCGAACCACCCAGUUUAUAAUAUGAUGUAAUGUAUGUGUGUAUGCUAUGUACUUAAAUAUUUAUAUUAGAAAUGUAUUUAGAUUUGUAAAGUGGUGCAGACCCGUUGUCAUUAAAAAAAUUGCAUUUGUAAAGCCCAGCAAAAAUACUUAAGUGAUUGAAAUUAAUGUAGGGGGCUGAGGAGAGGCUUUGUUACUGAAAUCCACAUAGCCAUCCAUAUAAUUAACUUUACCCUCUAGAGUGAAAUUAAGCAAUCAGCAGCAGGCUACUGACAUCUGAAUGAAGUGGGGCAAGCAGCGACCCCACAGACCCGUUGUACCAAUCGGUUUGGUCGUACAGCAUAGACGGGUUAGCUGACAACGUCACGAAAACGAUGGGCGCGCUUCCAUGUGGCGUGUUGUUGUGAUUCUGGAUGACCAGAUUGCUAGCAAAGCUGACAAGAGACUGCCAUGUGGGAAAUCGAAAGUGGAUCGUUUCAUCUUGUUCUUUAUACCAUCUCUUGUUUUGAGGUGUUUUGAUUGAUUUCAUGUCAAUGUUAAUAUGGCUAAAAUUCGCUAGCUAGCUAACCAACAACUGUAACGACGUAUUUGAGAGACAACAACUGCAAAUUGAUUUAUGUUUUCAACAAAUAUUGUAAACGAAAUAUAGUUUACAUGUUGUCAACAAAAGCCAACAACGUCAGUUUUGCCCCAUAGUUGCGCACGUGUCGGUUUUGUUGCUAAAUAGCCAACCCGUCAAUGGAGCCAAUGCGUUCCCAGUAUAGACGCAUAGGAUUAGCCUUCUAAUCUUUGAACAAAGCACCUGCUUCACACACUGGCCGUGACCGCAAGGUUGACUGGUCACUAAGGUCCAUGCAUUCCAACUGCAAAGGACUCUGGGAGAGUUGCAGAGAAUCCAGUUUCAAUCAGGAGCAACUGUAGCUGCCGUGAGGUAUCCAUGGGGACCAGGAGGGUGCUGGUGACAGGCUGUUCCUCUGGGAUCGGGAUGGCUGUGGCUGUACGACUGGCCAAGGAGAAGGGAUUCAAAGUGGUUGCCACCAUGAGGGACCUAGAGAAGCGGGAACCCCUGGAGAGAGUGGCUGGGGACACCCUGAACAGAUCCCUGGAGAUCAGACAGCUGGAUGCAUGCUGUGAAGACUCCAUCAGAGAGUGUGUGGACAGCCUGCAAGACAGACAGGUGGAUGUACUCGUGAGUAACGCAGGUGUAGGCAUGAUUGGGCCGUUGGAGUGUCAAAGUAUGUCUGACAUGCAGGGGCUCUUUGACACCAACUUCUUUGGCUUGGUGCGGCUGGUGAAGGAGGUCCUGCCUGAUAUGAAGCGACGUCGAAGCGGACAUAUUGUGGUGAUGAGCAGCAUCAUGGGAAUUCAGGGGCUACUCUUCAAUGAUGUCUACUCUGCUUCAAAGUUUGCUGUGGAGGGGUUCUGUGAGAGUCUAGCAGUGCAAGCCAUGAAGUUCAGUGUGAAGAUGACUCUAGUGGAGCCUGGUCCGGUGGGGACAGAGUUUGAGAGGAAGGUGUACGAGGACGCUGAGAAGAUGGACCUCGCGGGCGUAGACGAGGAGACUGCUAGGAUCUUCCGUGAGAUCUACCUGCCCUACUCUAGGAAGGUGUUCAACUCUCUCGCACAGACACCCGAGGAAAUAGCAGAGCAAACACUUCAACUGAUCACAGCGAAGGAGCCUCCGUUUCGCCACCAGACCAACCGUGUGUACAUGCCCAUGACUGCCCUGAAGCACGCAGACCCUACCGGUCGUCUACCCCUGGACACCUUUUAUAAGCUGUUGUUCAAGCACGACAGUCUAUUCACUGCCAGUCUGGGGCUGCUGCGCAUGUUGCAGAAGAGGGCAGGGAAGAGCUCCAAAUGAGCAGAAGGUUGGAGAGACAGAGUGAAUAACCUGGUGAGGAGAGAUAGAGCAGAAGGUUGGAGAGACAGAGUGAAUAACCUGGUGAGGAGAGAUAGAGCAGAAGGUUGGAGAGACAGAGUGAAUAACCUGGUGAGGAGAGAUAGAGCAGAAGGUUGGAGAGACAGAGUGAAUAACCUGGUGAGGAUAGAUAGGGGGAUAGAGAGAGCAGAAGGUUGGAGAGACCGAGUGAAUAACCUAGUGGGGAGAGAUAGGGGGAUAGAGAGAGCAGAAGGUUGGAGAGACCGAGUGAAUAACCUAGUGGGGAGAGAUAGGGGGAUAGAGAGAGCAGAAGGUUGGAGAGACAGAGUGAAUAACCUGGUGAGGAGAGAUAGGGGGAUAGAGAGAGCAGAAGGAGUGAGUCAUUGAGUGACUCCACUCUGCAGUGCACAAGCCCCCUUUUCCUUUCUGCUAGUCAUGUUUGUGUAUAGAAACAACAAAAGAUUACUGUUGAGACCUUCCUGAUAGAUCCUUAGUAAAAGAUGCACGCCUCAGACCAACACGCUUCCUUGUGAACAUUCUCUAACCACUCCUUAAACUAUCAAUGACUGUGCUCAACAAAGAUGAGACUGAGAUGAGACAAGUUAAGGACUGAUGUUUGUGGGCCUCUAAUCAAACCCGGUAACCUAGCCGUACGAACUAAGGGCUCAGUGUGUCUCAGACCAAUCGGGACUCCUUCAACUGUUCCUCCAGCUUUUAGAGGAUAUUAGUGUGUUACUACUGUAUUUUAACAGUGUAAUGAAGGUUUACGGUAAGACUGGCAACACUUCAAUAAAAUGAGACAAAAAGCUUUUUUCCCUUCAAUUUAUUAGCUUUAAAAUGUUUAAACUUCAGUGGCUUUCCAAAUAUUUUCAUAAUUUGAAAGGUAAUAUUUUUAUGUGAAGUGUGAGUGUGAGGGGUUGUGAACUUAUUCCACUGGCCUUAUCUUCAUUUCAAUGGCUUUUAAAGAGUAUUUAUAACCUUUCCAAUUCACCCAGUUGAUACCAAUACCAUAGAUUGAGUCGCCCCACAGAUAUACCCCGUUGGGAUUGACACUGUGGCAUUCUCCAUACCAC